AUGAGGAUAUCCGGAAAGAUCGCCCCAACAAUUCUAUCUCUAUGGAUUUGCAAUGCCGUCUCUCUUUGCCAUGCAAAGAUAAGUCCUUAUGAAACGGCUUCGGAUUCUUGGUCCCACGACCUUCAGGCCCGCAGCAAUAGCUCAUUGAUACGAACUACCUUCCUGGAGAAUCUGGUUUCAAAUUUGACGGUUCCUGAGCUUGUUCUUCAAUUACACCUCAUGUUUGCAGACAACAUCAUUGGCCCGCACUCAGACAAUGGCCUAUAUGAUAAAGCACUAGAGGCAGCACCAGGAGCACCGAUCGGAAUCAUCCAUGACUGGUAUCCGACCAACAAGUCUCAAUAUAAUAAACUUCAAAAGCUCAAUUCCGAGAAAUCUCGAGUCGACAUUCCAUUCAUGCAAACCGGAGAAUGUCUACAUGGAGUAGGAUCGUUCAAACAGUCCAUGUUUCCUCAGGCCAUCGGAAUGGCGGCGACUUUUGACACGGACCUUGUGUAUAGAGUCGGUCAAGCUAUUGCGACUGAGGCGCGAUCGAUUGGAAUUCAUGCUUGCUUUGCCCCCGUGCUAGAUUUAGCUAAAGAUCCUCGUUGGGGUCGUGUCCAAGAGGAUUGGGGAGAGGAUAUGGUUUUGACGUCUCACAUGGGUGUCGCCUUUUCAAGCGGGUUGUCUAAGAACAGUAGUUGGUCAGAUCCCGAUGCCGUGAUACCGGUGAUGAAGCAUUUUGCAGCUCAUGGAAGUCCCCAAGGGGGUCAUAACGCUGCUCCGUUCAUGGGAUACGGUACGCGUCAGGUUUUGCAAGAAAUGCUUGUUCCAUUCAAGGCAGCGGUGCAGCUUGGAGGCGUCAAAGGCGUGAUGAUGGCUUACAAUGAGUUCGAUGACGUUCCUUCCUCCGUAAAUCCUAUUCUAUACGAGGCAUUGGCAGAUUGGGGAUUUGACGGCUAUAUUACUGCGGAUGAUACAGGACUUUCUGAAUUAUUGAAUACGCACCUUGUUACUAGCUCCGUUGCAGAUACGAUUGCCCAAUGGCAUAACGCCGGUGGAAUGGUUCAAUUCUACGAUUUUUCUCUUGAAGAAUACAUCAAUACAACGACUUCUUUGGUCGCGAAUGGAACUCUGUCUAUCGAAACACUGCGAUCUUUAGCCAGUCGGGUUCUCGGUGUCAAGUAUGACCUAGGGCUCUUUGAAAAUCCCUACAUUCCACAAAAUAUUGAGUCAGAGAACAUUACUUUAUCUCACGCACCUCUGACCCUUGAAGCUGCCCGUAAAAGCGUUGUGCUACUUGAAAACAAGAAUUACACACUGCCUAUAAACCCCGACAAGCAAAAAAUCAAAAACAUUGCCUUGGUUGGACCUUUCACAGAUACAUUCAACUAUGGUGAUUAUUCUGGCCAGUGGGGAGGAUAUCCAGUGCGAAAUGCCAGUACAAUCCGGCAGAGUAUCUCCGAACACCUUGCAACCCACUUUCCGGAGACCGACCUAUACAAUAUCCCACCAUAUCUCCUAUCUUCGGAUGAUACAUACGGGGGUCUUUUGGCGACAUAUUAUGCAGAUACCAAUUUUUCCGAUGCAAAAUUUCAACAACUUGAGACCCCAAGCCUCGACUGGGGUCUUUACCCGCCAAACGGGCUACCAUCGAAUAAUUUCAGCGCCAUAUGGGAGGGAAUGGUCAAUGUUCCUGUUGAAUAUGACACACAAGGUUGGCUCGGCGUGGCUCUCUAUGCUAAUACAUCAGCAAGACUCUACAUUGACGGAAAACUUCAUGUCGACGUGAAGCCAACGUCGACUGGAAACAUUCUUUCUAAUAUACCCGGACUAUCAUAUACUUCCACCAAUGGAACAAUGGCCCCCCCAGGGUCUUCGCCUUUCUUGUUCAAAAAGUCUGCAACUCAUAAGAUCAGACUUGAAUACCAGGCAUUGAACUAUAACCAAAAAUUUGAGAAUCAAAAUUCACUGAAUGCUCAGGUACUUUUAUUCUGGAAUCUUGUUGACAACAUUGAUCCAGUAAAGCAGAAGGCCGUUCAAGUUGCCUCCGACUCCGACCUCAUCAUAUUGGCAGUAGGAGCCAACUGGAAUAGCGAUGGGGAAUCUGGAGACAGGGCAACCUUGGAGCUUUCAUCAAAUCAAAGUCUGUGUCAAUUCUUCCCCCGAACUCGCAGAUGCGAUGUUUGCUUUGGGAAACCGGUGGUUCUUGUCCUGCAAGGCGGCCGCCCAUUCGCGAUUCCGGAGUAUUACAACAAGUCAGCCGCCGUGUUGAAUACUUUUUUUCCUGGUCAAGCAGGUGGCCAAGCGAUUUCAGAUGCAUUAUUUGGCUUGGUUUCGCCUGGUGGUCGGGUCCCCAUCAGUGUUCCAUAUAGUGUUGGCACAUUGCCAGCGUUCUACAACUACAAACCCUCCGUUCCUCGAGAUUACGUGGACAUUCCUUAUAAUUCAAUAUACCCGUUUGGCUAUGGACUGUCAUACACCAAUUUUUCCACGUCCAAAUUUCUUGUUUCGGCAAUCAGCGGAGAUACGGACAUGCUUGAGUUCGGAGCUAGCUCAAUUAUAACAUUUUCUGUCAACGUCAAGAACACUGGCCCAGUGGCAGGUGAUUAUGUUCCCCAGGUUUACUUGCUUGGUCGUGUCGCAUCCAUUGUGCGACCGGUCAAACAACUCGUCGCGUUUCAUCGCGUCCAUCUGCUUCCAGGUGAAGCAACCACAGUUGACAUGACUCUUGAUGUUUCCCGGUAUCUGGUGGUCCUUGAUCGAGAAUAUAAUUGGAUUGUGGAGCCAGGCGAGUAUACCUUCGCGUUGCUCGAAAAUGGAGGCAGCUCUGCAGAUACAUCGACAAAUGUGACUCUCAACUGCGUCCACUAA